UAACGACGCUGUUAACGUUAGUCUCAGGAGUUCAUUUAGAGGCUAAAUUGUGUGAAAUAACUUUAGCUGUUAUCAAACUUACCAAAGAGAGAAGAUAUUGAAUGAACGACCAGCAUCUUGUUGCCAGAGAUGGCUUCCUCCCCCGGAGUUUUCAAAGCUCCAGCAGUGAAGGGCAUGUCACAGUUUCCAGUCCUGCCCCCGAUUGAAGGCACGCAGGGCCGGAGUGAGGUUGAACAAGCCGUUGCAGCGAAGGAGGAGAUAGCGAGGAAGUUAAAGGCUCAGAGGAGACUGCUGAGGCACAGAAGGAGUAAAGCGCAACAGGAGCAACUCCAUAUGAUAUUGGUGUCCAGAGCAAUGGAGGAAUACCGACAGAGCAAAGAGAGGGGAGCAGUGCGCAGCCAGUCACCAGAGCCACAGUUCCCACCUUCUAUGCUUAGUGAGGAGCGGAAACGGAGGAUGAACUACAUGUUCCUGAAGCAGUGUGUAGAGAGCCGCCCAAUCGCGCCAAUCCAGCAAGAGUGGUUGGACUCCAUUGUUGCCCGAGUCUCUCCCAAACUUAAAGAGGGCCCUGACACAGAUAAGCUACUACAGGAGCUUUGUGAGGAAGUGAGCAACGACUUCCACAAUGUGAUUGUGAAGUACACAGUGGACACAGUACUGAAGAAUCCACAGACAGAAGGAUCAGUCUCAGACGAACAGACAGCUGCCCAACCAAAAAUUCUUGAUUUCUCCAAGCCCUGGCAUGAUCACUUCAUCCGAACCCGCAAAAUGAUAAAAGCAAAUUUGUACAUACUACAUCCGGUAAUGCAAACUGUCUUGGAUAUUGGCUACGUGACAUUUUCUCCACUGGUCCUGGUUGAUCUUUCAAAAUGCAGGGCUUUGGGACCUGUGGACUGUAAGAGCCUACAGAACAAAAUGGCUUUGGAGUGUAAGAGGACAGAGGAUCGUAUCAUGAAUACCUGGUUUCCCAAAGUCAUCCACUUAUUAACAAGUAAAGAAACACUGAAGGGAGUUAAAGAGGAGAAACUGGAUUCCUUCUUUGACUGUGCGUCCACCCUCAUCUCCAAUCAGUUGAAAUCCCUGCUCCAGACAAGUGUAGAGGAGUUUGUCAGUGUGUUUGAUCCAAGCAAUCACGACCGUGUACCCCUCUUUCGUAUGACCUUGACAUUUGAUGAUGAAAAGAUGGAAAUUUAUCCCACCUUACAGGAUCUGGAGGCUUCUGUUUUUGAGAUUCUUAAUGCCAUCACAAACACUCUGCAGAAAGUACAGAUGGUGCAGUCAUGGCUGACACAAGCCACAUCUUCAUUUGUGGAUGCCAAGGUGGCUGAUCACAUCCUGACUUGGGCUCAGGUCACCGUGAAGACUGCUGUGUGCAAGAAUCUAGAGGAACCUGACAAACAUUUUCAGAACUAUGUCAGCAACUAUGACUGGCUUGUCAAUGGAACUGCACAGGCUCGGGUGGAGAAGUUCAUAGAAGAGGAGCACUCUUUUGAUGAGUACACUAAGCAAGUGGAGGAGUUUCGUCUUCUGUCAAAGGAGAUUAUCAGCCUCCCAGCAAAAGCCCACUUCUUGAUGGUCCAUCUGGACUGUGAAGAGCUGAAACAGGGGCUGGCCAACAAAGCCAAAAACUAUGCUGAAAUUCUUCUGAAAAAGCUGAUCACCAGCCACAGAGAGCAAAAUCUACAGAUCUGCUCUGAAUUUGAAACCAUCAGCAAGAACAUUCUGAAAGUACCAGAGAGUACAGAGGACAUGGCUCAGAUCACUGAUCACAUUGGUUUCAGUAAGACAAAGGGUAUUGAAGAACUGAAUGAAAGAAUUAAGGAAGCUUACUAUCGACUCAUCUACCUCCUGGAUGUCCACAUCAUUGAGCCAGAAGAUCUGGAGCUUAAUACAACUGUCUUUCUCUGGCCGCAGAAAUUACUCCAAGUCUUUGAGCUCAGUGAUGAGGUGAUGCAGAAGGCCAGGCAGAAAGGGGAGCAGGAGCUGCUGGCUAAAAGAGAACGAUUAAUGAUACAGCUGGAAAAGCUGGGGCGCAGGAUAGAGGAGUUCCCACAUUGCUCUGAGCUGGAUAUGAUGCAGCAGUAUAUGACAGAUGUCAGAACAGUUCAGAAACUUCUCCAGGAGGCUGAGGAGGAGAUUGUCCUUAUAAACAAAGAAGAGGCCUUUUAUGAAAUGGACCAAACCUGUUACCCAGAAGUUGAGGUCAUCAGAGACAGUAUUGAUCCAUAUCAGAAGCUGUUUGGAUUUGUGCUGAAGUGGCAGCGAACAGAGAACAGAUGGAUGGAUGGUUCAUUCCAGGACCUGGAUGGUGAGAGUAUGGAGGUGAAGGUGGAUGAGUUCUUUAGGGAGAUCUUCAAGAUGCUCAAGGUUUUCCAACAGAAGCAGAACAAGGCUGGGCAAGAGAUGGAGAAGAUUGCUUUGAGGAAGAGGCAACGACCUGGUGAGGAUGAACCGACACUGGAAAGCCCCACAAUACUUUUGUGCUCCGCUGUUAUGGAACAAAUUAAAGAGUUCAAGGACCAUAUCCCCGUGGUAUCUAUCUUGUGUAAUCCAGGCAUCAGAGGUCGCCACUGGGACCAGAUGUCAGAGAUAGUGGGGUAUGAUCUCACUCCUGAUUCUGGUACCACAUUACGCAAAGUUCUCAAACAAAACCUGGCUUCUUACCUGGAAGAGUUUGAGUCCAUCAGCACCGCAGCUAGUAAAGAGUUUUCUCUGGAGAAGGCUAUGCAAACCAUGAUGCAUAUUUGGGAUGGCAUUUCCUUCCACCAUCAACCUUACAGGGAGACUGGAGUGUCCAUCCUGACCUCCUUGGAUGAGAUUCAGACAAUGCUAGAUGACCAGAUUGUGAAGACUCAGACUAUGAGGGGCUCACCGUUCGUCAAACCUUUUGAAAAUGAGAUCAAGCAAUGGGAGGAGCGUCUGCUUCAUAUCCAGGAAACCAUAGAUGAGUGGCUGAAGGUGCAGGCCCAGUGGCUUUACCUGGAGCCCAUCUUCUCUUCUCAAGACAUAAUGCAGCAGAUUCCUGAAGAGGGACGACUUUUUCAAACUGUUGACAAAAACUGGAAAGAGGUCAUGAGGCACUGUGUUAAGGACCCUAAGAUUCUGCCAGCAACCUCGCUGCCUGGUUUGCUAGAGAAACUGCAAAAUUCUAACACCCUCCUGGACAGCAUCAUGAAAGGACUGAAUGCCUAUUUGGAGAAAAAGCGUCUCUUCUUUCCACGGUUCUUCUUCUUGUCCAAUGAUGAAAUGCUGGAGAUUCUGUCUGAAACCAAAGAUCCACUGCUAGUGCAGCCCCAUCUGAAGAAGUGCUUUGAGGGUAUUUCCAAACUGGACUUUCUACCCAAUCUGGAUAUUCAGGCCAUGUAUAGUAGUGAAGGGGAGCGUGUCCCACUGAUCCAGCUCAUCUCUACGACUGAAGCCAAAGGAGCUGUGGAGAAGUGGCUGUUGCAGGUGGAGGAUGUGAUGCUUCGCAGUGUCAGGGAUGUAAUAGCCCAGUCCAGAGUGGCCUAUGCUGAGACUCCACGGAGCCAGUGGGUAAAGGAGUGGCCCGGGCAGGUGGUGCUCUGCACCUCCCAGAUUUUCUGGACCUUGGAGGUUCAUGAAGCCAUCGGAGCAGGAGCUGAUGGUUUAAAGAACUAUCAUCAGCAACUCCAGAAUCAGCUGAAUGACAUUGUGGAGCUGGUGAGAGGGAAACUUCCCAAACAAACACGAACCACUCUGGGAGCACUGGUCACUAUUGAUGUCCAUGCCAGGGAUGUGGUCUUGGAGCUUAUUGAGAAAGGUGUAUCAAAUGAAACAGACUUCCAGUGGCUGGCCCAGCUCCGUUACUAUUGGAGCAAUGACAAUGUUCGUGUUCGCAUCAUCAACUGUGAUGUUAAGUACGCCUAUGAGUACCUGGGGAACUCGCCACGUCUGGUCAUCACUCCGCUGACUGACAGAUGCUACAGAACACUGAUUGGAGCAUUCUACCUGAAUUUGGGUGGUGCGCCCGAGGGUCCAGCUGGAACAGGAAAGACUGAAACCACCAAAGAUUUAGCCAAAGCUCUAGCUGUGCAGUGUGUCGUCUUCAACUGUUCUGACGGACUGGAUUACCUCGCUAUGGGCAAAUUUUUUAAAGGUCUGGCUUCAUCUGGUGCGUGGGCAUGCUUUGAUGAGUUCAACCGUAUUGAGCUGGAGGUGCUGUCCGUAGUGGCCCAGCAGGUGCUCUGCAUCCAGAGGGCCAUUGAGCUGAAGUUGGAGCACUUUGACUUCGAAGGGACCAUGCUCAAACUCAAUCCCAACUGCUUUGUGUCCAUUACAAUGAACCCUGGCUAUGCAGGACGCUCAGAACUCCCAGACAACCUCAAGGUGUUGUUCCGAACCGUGGCCAUGAUGGUCCCCAACUAUGCACUUAUAGCAGAGAUCUCUCUGUACUCAUACGGCUUCCUCAAUGCCAAACCGUUGUCAGUAAAGAUUGUGAUGACCUACAGGCUCUGUUCAGAGCAGCUGUCCUCCCAGUUCCAUUACGAUUAUGGCAUGAGGGCCGUAAAAGCUGUUCUUGUGGCUGCAGGAAACCUCAAGCUCAAGCACCCUGAUGAGAAUGAAGACAUACUGCUCCUGAGGUCUAUAAAGGAUGUUAAUGAACCCAAGUUUCUCUCCCAUGAUAUUCCGCUGUUCAAUGGAAUCACCAGUGACUUGUUCCCGGGUAUCGCCCUCCCUGAGGCUGACUAUAAGCUGUUUUUGGAGGCUGCUGGAGAGUGCUGUAAAAAUCACAAUGUACAGCCAACGCAGGUCUUCUUACAAAAGAUGAUCCAGACAUAUGAGAUGAUGAUAGUCAGGCAUGGUUUCAUGUUGGUGGGUGAACCUUUUGCUGGGAAGACCAAAGUGCUGCACGUUCUCGCUGACACGCUGACUCUCAUGAAUGAGAGAGGGUGUGCUGAGGCAGAGAGGAUCAUCUUUAGGACGUUGAACCCAAAGUCCAUCACCAUGGGACAGCUCUUUGGACAGUUUGACCUAGUUUCCCAUGAGUGGACGGAUGGAAUUGUGGCCAACACAUUUCGUGAGUUUGCCUCUGCUGACACACCAGACCGUAAAUGGGUGGUGUUUGAUGGUCCCAUAGACACACUGUGGAUUGAGAGCAUGAACACUGUGCUGGAUGACAACAAAAAGUUGUGCCUGAUGAGUGGUGAGAUCAUCCAGAUGUCGAAUCAGAUGAGUCUGAUUUUUGAAGCAAUGGAUCUAUCUCAGGCCUCGCCUGCCACAGUCAGUAGAUGUGGUAUGAUCUACAUGGAGCCGUCUCAGUUGGGCUGGGAGCCCUUAGUGAUCUCCUGGAUGAACAAUCUUCCCGAUACUCUACAGACCCUGGACAACCGCUCCCUGCUGCUGGAGCUCUUCCAGUGGCUGCUGCCACCUGCCCUCAGGAUGCUGCGAAAACAUUGCAGAGAAGUUGUUUCCACGAACAACAGUAACACUGUGGUGUCCUUGUGUCGACUGUUUGAGAUGCUGCUCACUGAACCUGUGAAAACGAGUCCUGAGGAUAAAAAUAUUCGCACCUGGAUCAUGGCAGCUUUUGCCUUCUCCUUGGUGUGGUCUGUGGGUGGCAGCUGUGACGCAGACAGCAGAGAGAAGUUUAGUGAGUUCUUUAGGGCGGCUGUGUCAGGAGAGACAGAAGAACAUCCUAUCCCUGCCACUGUGGGCAAAUGGGAGUGUCCAAUGGAUGAGAAAGGCCUGGUGUAUGACUAUUUCUAUCAGUUUGAAAGAAAAGGCCGCUGGGUUCACUGGAAUGAUGCCAUCAUGAAUGUCAGCCUGGGGGACAAAAACACCAAAGUGCAGGAGAUCAUUGUUCCUACCAUAGACACAGUUCGCUACACCUACCUCAUGGACCUCUGCAUAAGCUACGGAGUGCCUCUCCUGUUUGUUGGUCCUACUGGCACUGGGAAGUCAGUUUAUGUCAAGGAGAAGUUGAUGAACAAUCUGGACAAAGACCGCUAUCUACCCUUCUUUAUCAACUUUUCAGCUCGAACCAGCGCCAACCAAACUCAGAAUAUCAUCAUGUCCAGGUUGGAUAAGAGAAGGAGGGGAGUGUACGGGCCCCCCAUGGGAAAGAAGUGUAUCAUCUUUGUGGAUGACAUGAACAUGCCUGCUCUGGAGCAGUUUGGAGCGCAGCCUCCUGUGGAGCUUCUUCGACAGUAUAUAGACCAUGGACACUGGUAUGACCUGAAGGAUACCUCCAGGAUCUCCCUUGUCGACCUCCAGCUCAUCUCAGCCAUGGGCCCCCCUGGUGGUGGAAGAAAUGCUGUGACAUCCCGCUUCCUGCGGCACUUCAACAUUUUUAGCAUCAAUGCCUUCAGUGAUGACACCAUGGUUCGCAUCUUCUCCAGCGUGGUGGCCUUCUAUCUCAAAAAUAAUGAAUUCCCUCCUGAAUAUUUUACCGUUGGCAACCAAAUAGUGACAGCUACAAUGGAAGUGUAUAAGAAAGCCAUGGAGAACCUGCUUCCAACUCCAGCAAAGUCUCACUAUACCUUUAACCUGCGGGACUUCUCACGUGUUAUCCAAGGCUGCCUGCUGCUGAAGAAGGACUCUCUGGAGAAUAAACGCACUAUGAUACGCUUGUUUGUCCAUGAGGUCUUCCGCGUCUACUAUGACCGUCUGGUGGAUGACAAAGAUCAAGCGUGGCUCUACCAGCUGAUGAACAGCAUCCUCAAAGAUCACUUCAAAGAGUCCUUUGAACAAGUGUUUGAUCACCUUAAACAAGGCAGCAGAUUGGUUGAGGAAGACAUGCGGAACCUUCUGUUUGGUGACUACAUGAACCCUGACCUGGAGGAUGAUGAGCGCUUGUACGCUGAGGUGCCCUCGAUGGAAAGCUUUUCUCAAGUGGUGGAGUUGUGUCUUCAGGAAUACAACCAAAUGCACAAGAAUCGCAUGAACCUCGUCAUCUUCCGCUAUGUCCUGGAGCACCUGUCCCGUAUCAGCCGUGUGUUGAAGCAGCCACGAGGUAAUGCUCUACUCGUGGGAGUGGGAGGCAGCGGACGUCAGUCUAUAACUCGUCUGGCCACAUCCAUGGCUCACAUGACCAUGUUCCAGCCUGAGAUCUCUAAGAGUUAUGGGAUAACUGAGUGGAGAGACGACCUCAAGAUGCUGCUAAAAAAUGCUGGAUUAAAAGGUCAGAAGACCGUGUUCCUGCUCACUGAUGCUCAGAUCAAAGAUGAGGCUUUUCUAGAAGACGUGGAUAGCAUUCUGAACACCGGGGAGGUGCCCAAUCUGUUUGCAAUAGACGAGAAGCAAGAGAUCAUAGAGACAGUACGACCCAUUGCUCAGGCUGGUAAUAAGAAUCUGGAGUUGAGUCCUUUGACUCUGUUCGCUUUCUUCGUGGCACGCUGUAGAGAGAACCUGCACAUUGUUGUGGCCUUCAGUCCUAUCGGAGACGCCUUUCGAAAUCGCCUGCGCCAAUUUCCAUCUCUUAUCAACUGCUGUACCAUUGACUGGUUCCAGCCAUGGCCAGAGGAGGCUCUUGAACGAGUAGCCAACUCCUUCCUGGAGUCACUGGAGAUGAGUGAAAAUGAGAGGCAGGAGGUCGUACCCAUCUGCAAAACGUUCCAUACAUCUGCCAAACAGCUCUCACAGAGAUUCCUGUCUGAGCUGGGUCGCCAUAAUUAUGUGACCCCCACGUCCUACCUCGAGCUGAUUGAAGCUUUCCGUCUGCUGCUCACUCAGAAAAGAGACACUGUCAUGAAAGCAAAACUCAGGUAUACCAACGGUCUGGACAAACUAGCCUUUGCUGAAUCUCAGGUUGGUGAAAUGAAGAAGGAACUUGUAGACCUGCAGCCCAAACUGGAACAGGCAAAGAUAGACAACAACAAAAUGAUGAAGGUGAUUGAAGUGGAAUCUGUAGAGGUGGAAGCCAAAAGUAAAGUUGUGCGUGUCGACGAGGAGGCAGCAACUAUAAAAGCCAAUGAGGCUCAGGCUCUGAAGAACGAGUGUGAGAGUGACUUGGCUGAGGCCAUCCCUGCCCUGGAGGCCGCUCUGUCAGCCUUGGACACUUUGAAGCCCUCUGAUGUCACAAUUGUGAAGUCGAUGAAAAAUCCUCCUUCGGGGGUGAAGCUGGUGAUGUCUGCUGUGUGUGUGAUGAAGGAGAUCAAACCAGAUAAGAUAGCUGACCCAGCUGGAACUGGAAAAAAGGUUUUAGACUACUGGGGUCCAAGCAAGAAGCUGCUGGGUGAUAUGAACUUUUUACGAGAUCUUAAAGAAUAUGACAAGGACAAUAUUCCUGUCUCUGUGAUGCAAAAAAUCCGUAAUGAGUACAUGACUAAUCCUGACUUUGACCCAAGUAUAGUGGCCAAAGCCUCCUCUGCAGCAGAGGGCCUGUGCAAGUGGAUCAAAGCAAUGGAGGUGUAUGACAGGGUGGCAAAGGUCGUGGCUCCUAAGAAGGCCAAUCUCGCAGAGGCGCAGGAGUCCCUUGCCACUACCAUGGCCCUACUCGACCAGAAAAGAGCUGAGCUAAAGGAGGUCGAGGACCGUUUGGCUGCCCUUCAGAAAACCUUUGAGGAGAAGACACAAGAGAAGGCCCAGCUGGAGUUUCAGGUGGAUUUGUGUGCUAGAAAGUUGGAGAGGGCCGAGAAACUCAUUGGUGGUCUGGGUGGAGAGAAGACCAGAUGGUCAAAGGCAGCAGAUGACCUGCAGAGCACGUACGACAACCUGACUGGGGAUGUUCUCAUCUCCGCUGGUGUCAUCGCCUACCUGGGGGCCUUCACUGCUGGCUUCAGACAGGAAUGCACCAAGUUGUGGACCAAGCUCUGCCAAUCCAAGAACAUUCCAUCAGCAGAUGACUUCUCUCUCAGUAAGACUCUUGGAGAUCCCAUCAAGAUCAGGGCCUGGAACAUCGCAGGCCUUCCCAGUGACUCUUUCUCUAUUGAUAAUGGUGUCAUUGUCAGCAAUUCACGUAGAUGGCCCUUGAUGAUUGACCCUCAGGGUCAGGCCAACAAGUGGGUAAAGAAUUCAGAGAAAGAAAACAACCUGAGUGUGAUCAAAUUAACAGACGGGGACUACAUGCGAACUUUGGAGAAUUGUAUUCAAUUUGGAACACCCUUGCUGCUGGAAAAUGUCGGGGAGGAGCUUGACCCCUCUCUGGAACCACUGCUGCUCAAACAAACUUUCAAACAAGGCGGUGUGGAUUGCAUCAGGCUGGGGGAGAGUGUCAUUGAGUACUCCAGCGAUUUCCGUUUCUACAUCACUACUAAGCUGAGGAACCCACACUACCUCCCAGAACUGGCCACCAAGGUGUCUCUACUUAAUUUCAUGAUCACCCCAGAGGGCUUGGAGGACCAGCUGCUGGGGAUAGUGGUUGCCAAGGAAAGGCCAGAACUGGAAGAGGAGAGAAAUGCACUAAUCCUGCAGUCAGCUGCCAAUAAGAGGCAGCUUAAGGAAAUUGAGGACAAAAUCCUGGAGACGCUGCAGUCCUCUGAGGGAAAUAUCCUGGAGGAUGAGAGUGCCAUUCAGAUUCUAGACUCCGCAAAGAUCAUGUCCAAUGAGAUCAGCAAGAAACAGCAGAUUGCAGAGAAAACGGAGAUCAAGAUAGCAGAGUCUAGAGAGGGUUACAGAGCAAUCGCCAAGCACUCUUCAAUCCUGUUCUUCAGUAUCGCUGACCUCACAAACAUAGACCCGAUGUACCAGUACUCUCUCAGCUGGUUUGUUAAUCUCUACAUUAACUCCAUACAAGACAGUAACAAGUCCAAGAUCCUGGAGAGGAGGCUUCAAUACCUGAUCAGUCACUUCACCUAUAACCUGUACUGUAACGUCUGUCGCUCUCUGUUUGAGAAGGACAAACUCCUCUUUUCCUUCCUCCUCUGCUGCAAUCUCCUCCUAGCAAAAGGGGAGAUUGAAUACUCUGACUUCAUGUUCUUUCUGACCGGAGGAGUGGGCCUGCAGAACACCAUCGCUAACCCUGACCCCAUCUGGCUACAGGACAAGAGCUGGGAUGAGAUCUGUAGAGCCAGUGAACUGCCGGGCUUACAGGGAAUAAAAGAGGCUUUCAUUGAAAACCCACAAGACUUUAAACCUAUUUAUGACAGCAAAGAGCCCAGCAACACUCCUCUGCCUGCUCCAUGGUGUGAACAACUGAAUGAACUGCAGAAGAUGAUCAUUGUUCGCUGUCUCAGGCCUGAUAAGAUAGUUCCAGCUGUGACUAAAUUUGUGAAGGGCAAACUGGGAAAGAAUUUUGUCCAGCCACCUCCCUUUGACCUGAGUAAGAGCUACCUGGACUCCAACUCCACCAUCCCACUUGUGUUCGUGCUGUCUGCAGGAGCUGAUCCCAUGGCUAGCUUACUGAAGUUUGCCAGUGACAUGAACAUGGAUGGUGCAAAGUUCCAGUCCAUCUCUCUGGGGCAGGGCCAGGGACCCAUUGCAGCCAAAAUGAUAUCCACAGCUAUGAAGGAUGGGACGUGGGUGUGUCUGCAGAAUUGUCACCUGGCAGUUUCCUGGAUGUCCACCCUAGAGAAAACCUGUGAGGACUUCAGUCCAGCAACAUGCCACCCAGACUUCCGCCUCUGGCUCACAAGCUACCCUUCAUCCAAGUUUCCAGUGACCAUCCUGCAGAAUGGGGUGAAAAUGACAAACGAGUCUCCGACAGGACUCCGACUCAACUUGCUACAGUCUUAUUUAUCAGAUCCUGUUUCCGACACAGACUUCUUCAAUAACUGCCCCAAUAAGGAGCUGAUUUGGGAGAAGCUCCUAUAUGGACUUUGCUUCUUCCAUGCUCUAGUUCAGGAGAGGAAGAAGUUUGGCCCACUGGGCUGGAAUAUUCCCUACGGUUUCAAUGAGUCUGACCUACGCAUAAGCAUCAGACAGCUGCAGCUGUUUGUGAAUGAAUAUGAAGAGGUACCCUUUGAAGCCAUAACUUACCUGACCGGGGAGUGUAACUAUGGUGGCCGCGUGACAGACGACUGGGAUAGGCGGCUCCUGAUGACCAUCUUGGCCGACUUCUACAACAAGGACAUCAUUGAGAAAGCUAACUACCCUUUCUCACCCAGCGGCGAAUACUUUGCCCCACCUAAAUCUAUCUAUGAAGACUACCUUGAAUUUAUUAAGGGGCUUCCUUUCAGCCAGCAUCCAGAGGUGUUUGGGAUGCAUGAAAAUGUCGACAUUUCUAAAGAUCUCCAGCAGACAAAGCUGCUGUUUGAUUCACUGCUACUCACCCAGGGUGGAGGAGCUAAGGGGGGGGCUAGCUCUGGGAGUGACAACACACUGUACGAAAUAGCGAAUGACAUCCUUACUAAGAUUCCAGCCAACUUUGACACCGAGGCAGCUCUCUUGAAGUUCCCAGUACUCUACGAGGAGAGUAUGAACACCGUGCUUGUGCAAGAGAUGGAGCGCUACAACACGCUGUGUAGUACGAUCCGCGUGAGCCUGCAGAAUCUGUUGAAGGCCAUUAAAGGUUUGGUGGUGAUGGAUGCAGAGCUGGAGGCAGUUGCAGUCAGUCUGAUAGUUGGAAAGGUCCCGGAGAAAUGGGCCAAGCGCUCUUACCCCAGCCUCAAGCCUUUGGGCAGCUACAUUACCGAUUUUCUUUCAAGGCUCAAGUUUUUGCAGGAUUGGUAUGACACCAGUAAACCCAACGUGUUCUGGCUGUCUGGCUUCUUCUUCACCCAGGCCUUCCUGACUGGGGCUAUGCAGAACUACGCCAGGAAAUACCAUGUCCCCAUUGACCUGCUAGGCUUUGAUUUUCAGGUUCUUCCCAUUGAUGAGUCAGACACAUCGCCUGAGGAUGGUGUUUACGUCAAGGGAUUGUUUCUGGAUGGAGCCCGAUGGGACAAAGAAAGUGGAGUUCUGGCUGAGCAGCAACCCAAAGUCCUGUUUGAUGUGGUGCCAAUCAUCUGGAUAAAACCCACUGAAAGGAAGAGCAUCAAUCAGACUCAGGAGCUGUACGUCUGCCCUCUCUACAAGACCAGUGAGAGGAAGGGAACCCUCUCCACCACAGGCCACUCCACCAAUUUUGUCAUUUCCAUGAUGUUGCCCACAAGCAGGCGCCCUCAACACUGGAUCAAGCGUGGUGUGGCCAUGCUCUGCCAGCUUGAUGACUGACUUAACAAACUGUUAAAGACUUGAGCACUUUACUGUAACACUUUAAACACUUUGAGGCCUUUUUUGGUCUCUCUUCCUUCACAAUUCAAAAUAAACAUAACCUCUUUUUGUG